UCGCUUGGUUACUUUGUGAUGUCGUCGUCGAAUAUCGAGUGUCGCCGUCUUUUGUAAAGUUUUAUCAAGGUAUCCCUCGGAUAAGUUGGUGAACGUGAAAAACUUUUCAAGUAGCAUAUGUAUCUAAAAGUGAUUUGUCGUAAAAUUUGUUUAGUGUUGGACUUGGAUAAAUAUUUGUGAUAAGGUUCUAAUUUUAGUGACUCUUAGUGGAAGUUUGUUGAAAAAAUGAUGACCGAAAAUAGGAUUAGUUCAAGUAAUCACGUUGGAAACAGUAUGAAUAACCAGACGAAGGGAGAUGUAGAUAAAACAGUGGAAGACAAAGGAUGGAAAUCGAAAUUAAAAAUACCCCCCAAAGACAGAAGAAUAAAGACCAGUGAUGUGACGGAUACAAGAGGUAAUGAAUUUGAAGAGUUUUGUCUAAAGAGAGAGCUACUGAUGGGUAUAUUUGAGAAGGGAUGGGAAAAGCCUUCACCUAUUCAAGAGGCUGCAAUCCCUGUUGCCCUAAGCGGGAAAGAUGUACUUGCACGAGCAAAGAAUGGAACAGGCAAAACAGGAGCUUAUUGUAUUCCAGUGUUAGAACAGGUUGAUCCAAAAAAAGAUGCUAUUCAAGCAUUAGUUGUGGUCCCAACUAGAGAGCUAGCACUACAGACAUCACAAAUUUGCAUUGAACUGGCAAAACACACAGAUAUCCGCGUAAUGGUUACCACAGGAGGCACCAACCUUAGGGAUGAUAUCAUGCGUAUAUAUCAAAAUGUUCAAGUAAUAAUUGCUACACCUGGUCGUAUGAUUGAUCUCAUGGAUAAACAAGUAGCUAAGAUGGAUCAGUGCAGGAUGUUGGUUCUUGACGAAGCAGAUAAAUUACUGUCACAAGACUUUAAAGGCAUGCUGGACAUGGUUAUUUGUCGGCUACCCAAAGAACGCCAGAUCUUGCUAUUCUCAGCCACAUUUCCAUUGAGUGUUAAGCAGUUCAUGGAAAAGCACCUAAGGGAGCCAUAUGAAAUUAACCUCAUGGAAGAGCUUACACUCAAAGGAGUCACACAAUACUAUGCAUUUGUUCAAGAAAGGCAAAAAGUGCAUUGUUUAAAUACACUUUUUUCAAAGCUGCAAAUAAAUCAAUCUAUAAUAUUCUGCAAUUCAACUCAGCGAGUGGAGCUGCUGGCUAAGAAAAUAACAGAGUUGGGUUAUUGUUGUUAUUACAUACACGCGCGCAUGGCGCAGGCGCACCGCAACCGCGUGUUUCACGAUUUCCGCGCAGGCCUCUGCCGCAACCUCGUGUGCUCCGACCUCUUCACCAGGGGUAUCGACGUGCAGGCGGUCAAUGUGGUCAUCAACUUUGACUUCCCGCGCAUGGCCGAGACGUACCUGCACCGCAUCGGCCGCUCGGGGCGCUUCGGCCACCUGGGUAUCGCAAUCAAUCUUAUCACCUACGAGGACCGGUACACUCUGCACCGCAUCGAGCUGGAGCUGAAUACGGAGAUCAAGCCCAUCCCGAAAGUGAUCGACCCCGCGCUGUACGUGGCGCGCGCCGACGAGGACGACUCGGCCGAGAAGUAACGCCGUGCCUCUGCGCCCAGAUAUUCGCACACAAAAAACAUCUGGACUUGCUGACUGGUGAACUGAAUUAGUAGAUAUAAAAACAAAAACAAAAAACUUAUUUGUAAAAAGUGAUUUAUUGUAACAAAAUGUGCGUGUAAAUAGUUUAUCGUGAAAUAAGACUCGAUACCCCGAGCGGGUUAACUUUUUUAAAGUGUGUAUAUAAAUAAACACGGACUACGAAAGGCAUCUUGCGCCCUUUAUCCAUAUUGGAUACUGUGCGCGGUUUCCUACAUUGUUGAAACGUAAAAUAUUUAUCUGAAUUCUUGCUGCGUGAGUCUAUCUAGAUUUGUCCAUGAUCUUAACAUAAAUUGUGGUAGACUUCCUACAUGUGUCCAAGUGUCCUACCCAUAUCGGAAACAGAGCUAGCACCAGUUUCAUUUUACAGAAAAGUCUUUCCUAAAUGAUUGUGUUGUCUGGAGUAUGGGUAGGCGAUAAGACUAGCUCAAACAAACAUUGAUAAAUGAGAAAAAAAUUAAUUCUGUGUCAAAAACAUUGCCUCUGGCCGCUUGAGGCAAUGUUUCUUUUCAUCAAGCCGCAUUUAAAUUAAAUCUGGUUAAAAUAAUGAUUUGGACUGAAUAAGAUAUUUGGAUAUGUUGAUUGUAAGAUGUAUGAAAUGUGGUUUUCUUUAAUAUUUAGGUCAAUGAUGUUUUGUUAUCUUAGCCAGAUUUUAAUAUUGCAGAUACGAGUCAUAGUGGAGUUCUAUCUUACAAGCGGCUUGUCACAGUGUGGGUAUGUAAAGCAUACCAUUUCAAGAAAAGCUUAGGUGGGCGUUAUUUUUGGAGCAAAAAACUAUUUUGUAGCUAAUUUUCUUAACAACAAGAUAUAUUCUAAAAAUACAUAUGAAAAUUACCUUACUUUGGCCUACCUUAGCUUUGGUAAUAUUUUUUAAAUUUCGCCUGUGACCAGUAACAAGGCGGGGCAAUGAGACGACUCUGUUGCGGCUUGCAGAUGCGACGCAUUGUCCUGUCUGGGGGAUUUAAUUUAGAGAGUUUUUGUGUUCCAUUAUUACAAAAAAACAUUUAUCACUCUCUGGGGGUUUAAUUGUUGGGAUGUCAAGUGAAGAGCUACAUAAUUUUGGCCUUGCCACACCUUUUUUAUUUUAAUUUUAUUUUUUUAGGUAUAUCAUUGCAAUUUAAGUUGUUUUUUCUAUAUAUGUAAAAUUUGUUCACAAUGCAUUUAACUUGAUAAAAUAUUUGCAUAAAAUAGCCUUUUGUUUCAUGUUCAUGUUUUGUCACAAGCAAGUAAUGUGUAUUAUCAUUUUUGGUGGAGAGGAAUUGGAAUAUUCUGGUUGAUCCGAAUUUAUUGUAAAUCGAUUAUUGAAACUUAAUUCAACGAUUUUCGUUUAUCGAAAUCUAUGUUUAUCUGUGAUAGCUAUGAUCUAAAGCUGGCAUAGUUUGAUGAAAUGAAUAAAAGAAAAUGCCAUUCAUUAGUUGUGUCUUCCAAAAACAGUGUUAUCUUUAUGUGAAGCUUGUAAUGUGAAAAACUGAAUAAAUAUAGACAUUUUACUAUUAAUUUUAAGCUUUGAACAUUCUUGCGGUGAUGUUUUUUUUUUUAUUAAAUACCCAAUUUCUAUGUAAUCAAAAGAUAUAUUACUAUUGCGCUCAGUAUAUCAUAGAUAAAAUAUAACUUGUGUAAAUCAUGCUCUAAAAUAUAUAUGAUAUACAUGAGAUAAAUGUCAUUAAAUCGCAAGAGAUUCACCAGACAUAUUUUCAGCAUAUCAACUGUCUUGGAAAGCAUGUAAUUUUUUUGAAUGUUUGUAACCUAAUAAGUUAGCACAAAAAAGGGAAUGUUUUGUUAAAAAAGUAA